AUGCCUACUUUUUUCUUUCUAAUUUUUUUAAUUCUCAUUCAGCCCACUUUUCAAAUAUCAGACAGUGACACUUUUCUGCUAUACAAUGAAAAUCUUGAUCUUUGCCUAAAAUUACAAGAAUCUCGUUCCUUCACCUUGGACAACUGCAACAAACACAGCGACUGGCAAACUUUUAAGUGGGUAUCCGAUUAUCAGUUAUUGAAUAUGGCAGCGAAGUUAUGCCUGAGUGUGCCUUCAAAAACAAACAUGGUUCCAGUUACACUGUCCCCAUGCAAUGAAACCAUUGAAUUACAGAAAUGGGAAUGCAAAAAUGACACACUGUUUGCCAGCAAAGAUCUGUUUUUAAGUCCUGCAAAUGGACCUAACACAGGGCUUAUACUAUCAGAAAACCUCACCACAAAAAGUGUUUGGAAGAUCUACGGAACAAAGAAGAGCUUGUGUGCCCAGAAAUAUGAAGCUCUAUUCACUAUAGAAGGCAAUUCCUUUGGAGCACCUUGCGUAUUUCCUUUCAAGUAUAUGAGGAAAUGGUAUGCUGAAUGCAUAGUUAAUGAUGACGAACACCAACGACUUUGGUGUGGAACAACUCCAGAUGUGGAUAAAGACUCUUUAACUGGAUAUUGUCCAGUAAAAGAUAAAAAUGAUGACUUUUUCUGGGUCAAAAAUCACUGGACAGGAGAUCUCUACCAGAUCAAUUCCUUCUCAGCUCUAACCUGGGAUGAAGCAAGAAAAAGCUGUCAGCAACAACAUUCAGAAUUAUUGAGCAUCAACGAACUAUAUGAACAAGCAUAUUUGGCAGGAUUAACACAAAAUUCAGAAGCCAACUACUGGAUUGGUCUUAAUAACCCAGAUUUUGACAGUGGAUGGCAGUGGGCUAAUGACCAGCCUUUAAGAUAUUUAAAUUGGGCUCCAGGUAGCCCCUCUUUAGAAACAGGAAAAAAUUGUGGAUUGAUGCAGGGUAGGAAUGGCAAAUGGACAAAUAGUCUGUGUGAAAAAAGAUGUGGAUACAUCUGUAAAAGAAUGAACUCUUCAAUACAGGCGUCUGCACCUUCUUCAGAUGAUCUGAAGCCAGUUAAAUGUCCAGAUGGCUGGGUUGGAUAUGCAAAGCACUGUUACCAUCUGAACAGAGAUCGCAAAACGUGGAAAGAUGCCUCAGUCUCCUGCCAAAAGGAUGGUGGACAUUUACUAAGUAUACAUGACAUUGAGGAAUACAGUUUUGUUUUUUCCCAACUUGGCUACAAACCAACAGAUAAUUUGUGGAUAGGCCUAAAUGACAAGAAGACGACUUCAUAUUUUGAAUGGAGUGAUGGUACUACAGUGAGAUUCAUCAAAUGGCAGAAAGGAGAACCCACCCUUAUAAGCGAUGUGCAAGAAGACUGUGUCAUCAUGAGUGGGGAGAAUGGAUACUGGGCAGAUUAUUUCUGUGAAGAGGAAUUAGGGUACAUCUGUAAAAAAGAAGCUUCAGAGUUUCUUCCUGGAACAGAUGAAACUCCUGAUACAAAAUGCCAAAAAGAUUGGAAACGGUAUGAUUUCUAUUGUUACUUAAUUGGAAAGACACCUGGAACAUUUUCUGAAGCAAAGACAUCUUGUGAAACAAACCAAGGAUUUCUGAGCUCUGUGGAGAAUAGAUUUGAGCAGGCCUUCCUGACUAGCCAAAUUGGAUACCGUCCUGAAAAAUAUUUCUGGAUCGGCCUUUCGGAUGUAGGGAAUCCAGGGACUUUCAACUGGACCAAUGGAGACCCCAUUCAGUUCAGUCACUGGAAUGCAAAAAUGCCUGGCCCAAAUCCCGGCUGCGUUGCCAUGAGAACAGGAGAUGCUGCUGGACUGUGGGAUGUUGUGAACUGUGAGGAAAGGGCCCCUUUCCUUUGCAAGCAAUUGGCUGAAGGGGUGACACUUCCUCCAAUCCCGAGAGCGACCUCCCCUCCCCCAUGUCCUGAAGGAUGGACUGCAAGUCCAACAAGGAAUGUCUGCUUCAAGGCAUAUCCAGAAAAGAAAACUGAAAAGAAAAAUUGGUAUGACGCAUAUGACCAUUGUAAAUUGAUUGGAGGACACCUGACUUCUUUUCAUAAUAAACAAGAGUUUCAUUUAUUAAACAAAAUAUUACAAUCACAAAGGAGCUGGCUUGGUUUAAGAAUUGUAGGUUCCAGCCCAGGAUACACUUGGAUUGAUGGAUCUCCUGUAAUGGCUUUUAAUUACCAUCAACCAUGGUAUCCUUCUGGAUCAACUCUGCGAACUGGCAAAGAGGAAGACUCUAUUGUUAUCGUCAUUCUUUCUCAGGUGGAGAUUUCAACUGGCAUGGCACGUAGUUAUAAAAAAGUUGAAGAUGGCUGGAUUGAAUUUGAAAACAAUGAAUAUUAUUUCAGUAAUACAACAAUGCCAGCAGAAAAAGCCCAGACAUUCUGCAAACAACAUGGUGGUGAUCUUACUACCAUUGAAAGUUCAAAGGAACACCAGUUUUUGUGGAAAUAUACCUUUCAUUAUGGAAUUCAUUAUAGUUCUUACAUUGGUUUAAUCUUGGGUCUUGACAAAAAGUUCAGCUGGCUGGAUGGAACUCCAGUGACAUAUGAAGCCUGGUCCUCUGGUGAACCCAACUUUGCAAAUGAUGAUGAAAACUGUGUAGUUAUGUAUUAUUAUUCAGGUGCAUGGAAUGAUAUAAACUGUGGUGCUAAGAAAAGCUUCAUCUGCGAGAGAUACAAUAGCUCCGUCCGUACAACUGCGGCACCCACAUUACCUGCAACUCCAAAAGGGUGCAGUGAAGGCUGGCUUUGGUUUAAUGACAAGUGCUUCCAAAUAUUUGGCUUCAGAGAAGAGGAGAAGAAAAACUGGAGCGCUGCACGGGAUCACUGCAGAAAUCUAGAAGGAAACCUGGCUAGUAUACCAAACAAAGCUGUUCAAGCUUUUCUCACAUUGCAAUUAAAAAAUGCGACUGGUAAUACUUGGAUUGGAUUUACUGACACAAAUUCAUGGGGAAGUUUCCUCUGGACUGAUGGAAGUGGAGUCUAUUUCACAAACUGGGCUAAAGGGUCACCUCGUUCAUACAAUGGUGACUGCGUUUUUAUGAUGAGAAAACCUGAAAGGCUUGCAGGAUAUUGGAGAGUUGGAUCCUGUUCUUCUCAGAGGAGCUACAUCUGCCAAAAAAAUACUGGUCCAUCGCCUUACUUUGAACCAACAAUUCCAGCAUCUCACUUUAUCAGUUAUGGAAAUAGCAGCUAUUCUAUGGUUAGUCCCAAGAUGACCUGGGAAGAAGCAAGGAAGAAAUGUGAAUCUGAAAAUUCAAAACUUGCCAGCAUUGUAGACCCCUAUGCAGAAUCAUUCAUAUGGCUGCAGGUGCUCAAAUAUAAGGAGACUGUAUGGAUUGGACUAAGCAGCAAAGAGAGUAAUGGUGUGUACAAGUGGGUAAGUAACUGGAGGCUGGCAUACACUAACUGGGCUGCUGAGGAACCAAUGCAUAAAACAGCCUGUGUCUAUUUAAGCAUUGAUGGUUAUUGGAAAACAGGAAAUUGCAGUGAAAAAUACUUCUCUGUUUGUGAAAGAUACAAUGGAAUAGUCCCAACUGAAAGGCCACAAUCGGCAGGAAAAUGCCAAACCUCCCAAAAAAGACAUGAACCUUGGAUUCCUUUUGGAGAUCAUUGCUAUAAAUUUUACCUUUCAAGAGAAUCUUGGCCAUCAGCAGCCCUGAAGUGUACUCAGACAGGUGGUACCUUGACUUCAAUCAAAGACUCAGCUGAAUUACAGUUUUUACAGGAAGAAAUGGAAAUAUUUGGAUCUACGGAGUUUUGGAUAGGCAUGUAUAGUAAUCAGCAAGGUGAAUGGCUAUGGCAAGAUAAAAGUGAAGUCGCUUUUGUCAACUGGAAUAAUCAAGAUGAUGAACAAUAUGAUAAAAAAGAGGCCUUUGGGAACAGAUGCAUUUACACGAAUACUAAAACUGGAUUUUGGUUCCCUGAGUACUGCCAAUAUUCAUCAAAAUCAUUUAUUUGUAAAAUAAACAAAAUUAUUGACGAAUCAGCUGUAAAGCCUACAGAAAUACCAGCGCAGAAAGAAGUGGCACCUCAAACAGCACAUGGCAAAGCUGUGAUGGUAGUUGUGCCAAUUACCUUCAUAGCCAUUGGUGCAGGAAUCGCAGCCUAUAUUUUCUACAGAAGAAGAAACCGACCACAAAAAGUCUCUGCUGGAUUUGACAAUUCUUUGUAUAGUGACAAUGUGGUUAUUCUACAUAAAGAUUCACAAUCUCCUGUAGACAAACAAGAAUUAAAUGAACAAAUAUAA